CAAGAAGUGUGCUGGAGAGGCUGUGCUUGGGCAGGGAGAAUUUAUUUUUGUUUUAAUGGGAAUAAGCAUAUAACUCUCAGAAAGAUGUUGUCUAUGAGAAGAACAUUUGGUGAUGAGAAAGCCGAACUUCGGGAAUUAAACAGUCGAUUGGAUCAGUACCUGUCCCGGGUGAGGCAACUGGAGGCAGAAAACAAGCUGCUAGUGGGAGAGAUCCAGACACUUCGGGUGGAGAGAGGCAGAGAAUGGGCACACGGGUACGAGGCAGAGAUAGCAGAGUUGAGGAGGAAAGUGGAGGAGCUUACUGUACAGAAGUGUGAAGCAGAGAUCCAGAGGGAAAACCUAUGGCAGGAGCUUCAGUCCCUCCAGGAGCUGUGGGACCAAGUAAGAGCCAUGCGGUUACGCAUUGACCAGCAGCUUGUCCAGUACAAUCAAGAUCUUCAGCAAGCUAGAAAGGGUCAGGCAGCCCUAGAGGAGCUCUACAACCGCCUUCUACAGGAGUGCCACAUGCUCCGUGGCUCACAACAUGAGGAACUGGUGCUGCUGAGAGAGAGAGCACUAACUGUGCCCAUGACCAUCGCUAUGCAAGAGACUGUGCACCCCAGGCUGAGCAUGCAGGAUGUGCAGAGCUUCUCACUGGAGCUUUCAGAAUCUUGGAAGGAAACUUUCUUGCUAUAUCUAAAGAAGAUUGAGGAGCUGGAGAGCUACGUGAUACUGAGCGAGCAGAGCAGACAAGAGGCAGAGGAGGAGGCCAGAGCACAAGGGGUGAAAGUGGUGGAGCUCCGAAGGGAACACGAGGAGCUGAUGAGAAUGAGGAAGAUGCUGGAGAAAGAGCUGCUCAGGAUGAAGGAGAAGUACAUGCUAGAAAUGGAGGAAUAUCAGAUCAUUAUAGAGGAGCUGGAGCAAGAGAAACAAACCGUUACAGUGACCAUCACUGACCGACUUCAGGAUUAUCAUGAGCUCAUGAAACUAAAAACUGGCCUGAGCCUGGAAGUGGCCACAUACAGGGCUUUGCUGGAGGCAGAAAGCCAAAAGGGAACCUUUACCUGGAUUGAUCAGUCAGUGAAAAACAGACCCGCAGGGUACAUUACAACUUAUUUUGACCAACCACAAAGAUAUUCUGGCAUCAAAAGGGGAGAAGAGAAAAAAGAUUUACCACUAAGCAGAACUAGUAAAGAUAUAAGAACAACUUCAAUAUCCUCCAAUAUCCAUCGAUUUCAGCCACCAAAAGUACCACAAAUGCGGAUAAAUACACAGCCUAUUGAUAUUGGGAAGACAAGUAGGUUUUAUACCUCCCCAGAUAAAAGCAGCAGGUGGGACAAACACUUUUACCCAAGAUAUGAAUUCAUACGAAACAAAGACAUCUCUAAGAACAUUAAUCCUCCAGAUCACUCUAUAAGGUCACGAUCUUCAAUCCAUUCUGGAAGUGUUAAUCAACAGAUAAGUCAAGAGCAGGUGAAUUAUUCCAAACCCAGUAUCAUCACAAAGCCACAGCCUGCAGAAAUCCACAAAUACCAAAUUAACACCACAUUUGAGAGCAAACUAAAUGAAUCACGUUUACUGAAUACUUUUGAAUCCAAAUUGUUGGAUGGAAAGAAACUAGUAGAUGAAAGGAAAACAACAAAAUCAAUUGGAGGAGAAAAAUCUGGUUUAGAAUUCAAUAUGCCAAUAAUAGAGCAAAAAGAAGCAAAAAGUGUUGUUACAAGUGUUACAGAAUCCACAGAAAAUAAUGACACUAUAGAAUCUAAAAUACAGGAGCCACCAGUCAAGAAGGAAAGAAAGAAAAGUGAGCAAGCCCAAAAAAGAAGGGAGGAAUUUGAGAGUAAAGAAGAUGCAGAUAGAAACAUAGCACAAGGGGAAACUCUGGAGGCAAGCCACUCUGUCCAAAAGAAGAAUAUUUACAUAUUUAGAGGAAAGCCAGAGAUUGAAGAAGCUGUACUUGAAAUUCCUAUGCAAUAUGAAGUCAGCAAAAGAGAGGAAAAUCAAUUUAAGAACAGCAUGGAGGGUACAGGGGAAACUGAAAUCACCAUAAACACAGAACUAACAUAUGUGGACACUAUAGAACCUAAAAUACCGGAGCCACCAGUCAAGAAGGAAAGAAAGAAAAGCGAGCAAGCCCAAAAAAGAAGGGAAGGAUUGGAAAGUAAAGAAGAUGCAGAUAGAAACAUAGCACAAGGGGAAACUCUGGAUGCAAGCCACUCUGUCCAAAAUAAAUUUUUUUACAUUUUUAGAGGGAAGCCAGAGAUUCCAGAAGCUGUACUUGAAAUUCCUAUGCAAUAUGAAGUCAGCAAAAGAGAGGAAAAUCAAUUUAAGAACAGCCUGGAGGGUACAGGGGAAACUGAAAUCAUCAUGAACACAGAACAAACAUAUGUGGACACUAUAGAACCUAAAAUACCGGAGCCACCAGUCAAGAAGGAAAGAAAGAAAAGCGAGCAAUCCCAAAAAAGAAGGGAAGAAUUGGAGAGUAAAGAUAAUACAGAUAGAAACAUAGCACAAGGGGAAACUCUGGAUGCAAGCCACUCAGUCCAAAAGAAGAAUAUUUACAUAUUUAGAGGAAAGCCAGAGACUGAAGAAGCUGUACUUGAAAUUCCUAUGCAAUAUGAAGUAAGCAAAAGAGAGGAAAAUCAGUAUAAGAACAGCCUGGAGGGUACAGGGGAAACUGAAAUCACCAUAAACACAGAACAAACAUAUGUGGACACUAUAGAACCUAAAAUACAGGAGCCACCAGUCAAGAAGGAAAGAAAGAAAAGCGAGCUAGCCCAAAAAAGAAGGGAAGAAUUGGAGAGUAAAGAUAAUGCAGAUAGAAACAUAGCACAAGGGGAAACUCUGGAUGCAAGCCACUCAGUCCAAAAGAAGAAUAUUUACAUAUUUAGAGGAAAGCCAGAGAUUGCAGAAGCUGUGCUUGAAAUUCCUAUGCAAUAUGAAGUCAGCAAAAGAGAGGAAAAUCAAUUUAAGAACAGCAUGGAGGGUACAGGGGAAACUGAAAUCACCAUAAACACAGAACAAACAUAUGUGGACACUAUAGAACCUAAAAUACAGGAGCCAUCAGUCAAGAAGGAAAGAAAGAACAGUGAGCAAGCCCAAAAAAGAAGGGAAGAAUUGGAAAGUGAAGAAGAUGCAGAUAGAAACAUAGCACAAGGGGAAACACUGGAUGCAAGCCACUCUGUCCAAAAGAAGAAUAUUUACAUAUUUAGAGGAAAGCCAGAGAUUCCAGAAGCUGUACUUGAAAUUCCUAUGCAAUAUGAAGUCAGCAAAAGAGAGGAAAAUCAAUUUAAGAACAGCAUGGAGGGUACAGAGGAAACUGAAAUCAUCAUGAACACAGAACAAACAUAUGUGGACACUAUAGAAACUAAAAUACAGGAGCCACCAGUCAAGAAAGAACGGAAGAAAAUCGAGCAAGCCCAACAAAAAAGGGAAGAAUUGGAGAGUAAAGAAAAUACAGAUAGAAACAUAGCACAAGGGCAAACUCUGGAUGCAAGCCACUCUGACCAAAAGAAGAAUAUUUACAUAUUUAGAGGAAAUCCAGAGAUUGAAGAAGCUGUACAUGAAAUUCCUAUGCAAUAUGAAGUAAGCAAAAGAGAGGAAAAUCAAUUUAAGAACAGCCUGGAGGGUACAGGGGAAACUGAAAUCACCAUAAACACAGAACAAACAUUUGUGGACACUAUAGAACCUAAAAUACAGGAGCCAUCAGUCAAGAAGGAAAGAAAGAAAAGUGAGCAAGCCCAAAAAAGAAGGGAAGAAUUGGAAAGUAAAGAAGAUGCAGAUAGAAACAUAGCACAAGGGGAAACACUGGAUGCAAGCCACUCUGUCCAAAAGAAGAAUAUUUACAUAUUUAGAGGAAAGCCAGAGAUUCCAGAAGCUGUACUUGAAAUUCCUAUGCAAUAUGAAGUCAGCAAAAGAGAGGAAAAUCAAUUUAAGAACAGCAUGGAGGGUACAGGGGAAACUGAAAUCACCAUAAACACAGAACAAACAUAUGUGGACACUAUAGAACCUAAAAUACAGGAGCCACCAGUCAAGAAGGAAAGGAAGAAAAUCGAGAAAGCCCAACAAAAAAGGGAAGAAUUGGAGAGUAAAGAAAAUGCAGAUAGAAACAUAGCACAAGGGGAAACUCUGGAUGCAAGCCACUCCGUCCAAAAGAAGAAUAUUUACAUAUUUAGAGGAAAGCCAGAGAUUGAAGAAGCUGUACUUGAAAUUCCUAUGCAAUAUGAAGUCAGCAAAAGAGAGGAAAAUCAGUAUAAGGACAGCAUGGAGGGUACAGGGGAAACUGAAAUCACCAUAAACACAGAACAAACAUAUGUGGACACUAUAGAACCUAAAAUACAGGAGCCACCAGUCAAGAAGGAAAGAAAGAAAAGUGAACAAGCCCAAAAAAGAAGGGAAGAAUUGGAAAGUGAAGAAGAUGCAGAUGGAAACAUAGCACAAGGGGAAACUCUGGAUGCAAGCCACUCUGUCCAAAAGAAUUUUUUUUACAUUUUUAGAGGGAAGCCAGAGAUUCCAGAAGCUGUACUUGAAAUUCCUAUGCAAUAUGAAGUCAGCAAAAGAGAGGAAAAUCAAUUUAAGAACAGCCUGGAGGGUACAGGGGAAACUGAAAUCACCAUAAACACAGAACAAACAUAUGUGGACACUAUAGAACCUAAAAUACAGGAGCCACCAGUCAAGAAGGAAAGAAAGAAAAGUGAGCAAGCCCAAAAAAGAAGGGAAGAAUUGGAAAGUAAAGAAGAUGCAGAUAGAAACAUAGCACACAAGGAAACUCUGGAUGCAAGCCACUCUGUCCAAAAGAAGAAUAUUUACAUAUUUAGAGGAAAGCCAGAGAUUAAAGAAGCUGUACUUGAAAUUCCUAUGCAAUAUGAAGUCAGCAAAAGAGAGGAAAAUCAAUUUAAGAACAGCCUGGAGGGUACAGGGGAAACUGAAAUCACCAUAAACACAGAACAAACAUAUGUGGACACUAUAGAACCUAAAAUACAGGAGCCAUCAGUCAAGAAGGAAAGAAAGAAAAGUGAGCAAGCCCAAAAAAGAAAGGAAGAAUUGGAAGGUGAAGAAGAUGCAGAUAGAAACAUAGCACAAGGGGAAACUCUGGAUGCAAGCCACUCUGUCCAAAAGAAGAAUAUUUACAUAUUUAGAGGAAAGCCAGAGAUUGAAGAAGCUGUACUUGAAAUUCCUAUGCAAUAUGAAGUCAGCAAAAGAGAGGAAAAUCAAUUUAAGAACAACAUGGAGGGUACAGGGGAAACUGAAAUCACCAUAAACACAGAACAAACAUAUGUGGACACUAUAGAACCUAAAAUACCGGAGCCACCAGUCAAGAAGGAAAGAAAGAAAAGUGAGCAAGCCCGAAAAAUAAGGGAAGAAUUGGAAAGUAAAGACGAUGCAGAUAGAAACAUAGCACAAGGGGAAACUCUGGAGGCAAGCCACUCUGUCCAAAAGAAGAAUAUUUACAUAUUUAGAGGAAAGCCAGAGAUUCCAGAAGCUGUACUUGAAAUUCCUAUGCAAUAUGAAGUCAGCACAAGAGAGGAAAAUCAAUUUAAGAACAGCAUGGAGGGUACAAAGGAAACUGAAAUCACCAUAAACACAGAACAAACAUAUGUGGACACUAUAGCACCUAAAAUACAGGAGCCAUCAGUCAAGAAGGAAAGAAAGAAAAGUGAGCAAGCCCAAAAAAGAAAGGAAGAAUUGGAAGGUGAAGAAGAUGCAGAUAGAAACAUAGCACAAGGGGAAACUCUGGAUGCAAGCCACUCUGUCCAAAAGAAGAAUAUUCACAUAUUUAGAGGAAAGCCAGACAUUGAAGAAGCUGUACUUGAAAUUCCUAUGCAAUAUGAAGUCAGCAAAAGAGAGGAAAAUCAAUUUAAGAACAGCAUGGAGGGUACAGGGGAAACUGAAAUCACCAUAAACACAGAACAAACAUAUGUGGACACUAUAGAACCUAAAAUACAGGAGCCACCAGUCAAGAAGGAAAGAAAGAAAAGUGAGCAAGCCCGAAAAAGAAGGGAAGAAUUGGAAAGUAAAGACGAUGCAGAUAGAAACAUAGCACAAGGGGAAACUCUGGAGGCAAGCCACUCCGUCCAAAAGAAGAAUAUUUACAUAUUUAGAGGAAAGCCAGAGAUUCCAGAAGCUGUACUUGAAAUUCCUAUGCAAUAUGAAGUCAGCAAAAGAGAGGAAAAUCAGUAUAAGAACAGCAUGGAGGGUACAGGGGAAACUGAAAUCACCAUAAACACAGAACAAACAUAUGUGGACACGAUAGAACCUAAAAUACCGGAGCCACCAGUCAAGAAGGAAAGAAAGAAAAGAGAGCAAGCCCAAAAAAGAAGGGAUGGAUUGGAAAGUAAAGACGAUGCAGAUAGAAACAUAGCACAAGGGGAAACUCUUGAGGCAAGCCACUCUGUCCAAAAGAAGAAUAUUUACAUAUUUAGAGGAAAGCCAGAGAUUCCAGAAGCUGUACUUGAAAUUCCUAUGCAAUAUGAAGUCAGCAAAAGAGAGGAAAAUCAGUAUAAGUACAGCAUGGAGGGUACAGGGGAAACUGAAAUCACCAUAAACACAGAACAAACAUAUGUGGACACUAUAGAACCUAAAAUACAGGAGCCACCAGUCAAGAAGGAAAGAAAGAAAAGUAAACAAGCCCAAAAAAGAAGGGAAGAAUUGGAAAGUAAAGAAGAUGCAGAUAGAAACUUAGCACAAGGGGAAACUCUGGAGGCAAGCCACUCUGUCCAAAAGAAGAAUAUUUACAUUUUUAGAGGAAAGCCACAGAUUCCAGAAGCUGUACUUGAAAUUCCUAUGCAAUAUGAAGUCAGCAAAAGAGAGGGAAAUCAAUUUAAGAACAGCCUGGAGGGUACAGGGGAAACUGAAGUCAUCAUGAACACAGAACAAACAUAUGUGGACACUAUAGAACCUAAAAUACAGGAGCCACCAGUAAAGAAGGAAAGAAAGAAAAGAGAGCAAGCCCAAAAAAGAAGGGAAGAAUUGGAGAGUAAAGAAGAAGCAGAUAGAAACAUAGCACAAGGGGAAACUCUGGAUGCAAGCCACUCUGUCCAAAAGAAGAAUAUUUACAUAUUUAGAGGAAAGCCAGAGAUUGAAGAAACUGUACUUGAAAUUCCUAUGCAAUAUGAAGUCAGCAAAAGAGAGGAAAAUCAAUUUAAGAAUAGCAUGGAGGGUAAAGGGGAAACUGAAAUCACCAUAAACACAGAACAAACAUAUGUGGACACUAUAGAACCUAAAAUACCGGAGCCACCAGUCAAGAAGGAAAGAAAGAAAAGCGAGCAAGCCCGAAAAAGAAGGGAAGAAUUGGAAAGUAAAGACGAUGCAGAUAGAAACAUAGCACAAGGGGAAACACUGGAGGCAAGCCACUCUGUCCAAAAGAAGAAUAUUUACAUAUUUAGAGGAAAGCCAGAGAUUCCAGAAGCUGUACUUGAAAUUCCUAUGCAAUAUGAAGUCAGCAAAAUAGAGGAAAAUCAGUUUAAGAACAGCCUGGAGGGUAAAGGGGAAACUGAAAUCAUCAUGAACACAGAACAAACAUAUGUGGACACUAUAGAACCUAAAAUACAGGAGCCACCAGUCAAGAAGGAAAGAAAGAAAAUAGAGCAAGCGCAAAAAAGAAGGGAUGGAUUGGAAAGUAAAGACGAUGCAGAUAGAAACAUAGCACAAGGGGAAACUCUGGAUGCAAGCCACUCUGUCCAAAAGAAGAAUAUUUACAUAUUUAGAGGAAAGCCAGAGAUCCCAGAAGCUGUACUUGAAAUUCCUAUGCAAUAUGAAGUCAGCAAAAGAGAGGAAAAUCAGUAUAAGUACAGCAUGGAGGGUACAGGGGAAACUGAAAUCACCAUAAACACAGAACAAACAUAUGUGGACACUAUAGAACCUAAAAUAGAGGAGCCAUCAGUCAAGAAGGAAAGAAAGAAAAGUGAGCAAGCCCAAAAAAGAAGGGAAGAAUUGGAAAGUGAAGAAGAUGCAGAUAGAAACAUAGCACCAGGGGAAACUCUGGAGGCAAGCCACUCUGUCCAAAAGAAGAAUAUUUACAUAUUUAGAGGAAAGCCAGAGAUUGAAGAAGCUGUACUUGAAAUUCCUAUGCAAUAUGAAGUCAGCAAAAGAGAGGAAAAUCAGUUUAAGAACAGCCUGGAGGGUAAAGGGGAAACUGAAAUCAUCAUGAACACAGAACAAACAUAUGUGGACACUAUAGAACCUAAAAUACAGGAGCCACCAGUCAAGAAGGAAAGAAAGAAAAGAGAGCAAGCCCAAAAAAGAAGGGAAGAAUUGGAGAGUAAAGAAGAAGUAGAUAGAAACAUAGCACAAGGGGAAACUCUGGAUGCAAGCCACUCUGUCCAAAAGAAGAAUAUUUACAUAUUUAGAGGAAAGCCAGAGAUUCCAGAAGCUGUACUUGAAAUUCCUAUGCAAUAUGAAGUCAGCAAAAGAGAGGAAAAUCAGUAUAAGUACAGCAUGGAGGGUACAGGGGAAACUGAAAUCACCAUAAACACAGAACAAACAUAUGUGGACACUAUAGAACCUAAAAUACAGGAGCCACCAUUCAAGAAGGAAAGAAAGAAAAGCGAGCAAGCCCAAAAAAGAAGGGAAGAAUUGGAGAGUAAAGAAAAUGCAGAUAGAAACAUAGCACAAGGGGAAACUCUUGAGGCAAGCCACUCUGUCCAAAAGAAGAAUAUUUACAUAUAUAGAGGAAAGCCAGAGAUUGCAGAAGCUGUACUUGAAAUUCCUAUGCAAUAUGAAGUCAGCAAAGGAGAGGAAAAUCAAUCUAAGAACAGCAUAGAGGGUACAGGGGAAACUGAAAUCACCAUAAACACAGAACAAACAUAUGUGGACACUAUAGAACCUAACAUACAGGAGCCAUCAGUAAAGAAGGAAAGAAAGAAAAGUGAGCAAGCCAAAAAAAGAAGGGAAGAAUUGGAAAGUGAAGAAGAUGCAGAUAGAAACAUAGCACAAGGGGAAACUCUGGAUGCAAGCCACUCUGUCCAAAAGAAGAAUAUUUACAUAUUUAGAGGAAAGCCAGAGAUUGCAGAAGCUGUACUUGAAAUUCCUAUGCAAUAUGAAGUCAGCAAAAGAGAGGAAAAUCAGUAUAAGUACAGCAUGGAGUGUACAGGGGAAACUGAAAUCAUCAUGAACACAGAACAAACAUAUGUGGACAAACAAGCCCAUCAUAGAAAUAUCGAACCUCACACAUCACUAGAUAAAGGGGCUGAACCAGUUAAAACUGGGGAGUCAGAAGAAGACAUAACCUCAGCUGAGGACUUGACCAAGAACUCUGUUGUAGAAGGUAUAAUCAAGCACUUUGGUCAAUCAUCUGGUUUAGAUGAUGCUAAUGUUACAUAUGUAGAAAAGAAAGAGCAGGCCAGCGAUGGCUCUGUGAAAACUAAGAUUUUCGUAGAAACUAAAACCAAAGAGGAAGUAGACUUUUUGGAUGAACCUGACCUUACAGACCUCUGGAAUAGUAGCUCUUAUCAGAGAAUACAGGAGGGUGUUGCAAGAGCAGCCACCAAUGCUGUAGAAGAUGAGCAAAAACAAAAAGAGACAGAAACUAUUAUUGGAGAAGGGAAAGGAGUAGACGAUUGGAUUAAAAUUAUGAUUCAGAAUGAGCUGAAAGUUCGAUCAGGGGUUUCUUUUAAUGUUGAGAUAAUAGAGGAAUCCACAGGGGCUUUUGUCACAGAAAAAACUGAUUUUAUAACACCAUUUCAUGUAGAAGAAGUAGAGGAUAAUAUACAAGCAACAGAGUCAGCAUGUUUCUAUGACAAACCUCAAGAUCCUGUGAAAGCAGAUGAUCUGCAGAGUGAAACUCAAGUUCAACGUCAUGCGGAAGAAGUCACAGAGGGUGGGGAUGAAGAUGAAGAGACAAAUUACUUUGUAUCUGUCCCAGAUGAUAUCCCUUUAGUACAAGAUGAAGAUCAGGAAACUUUGCGAGGCCAGAUUCACAUAGAAGACUCCCAUGUAAAGUAUUCCUGGCAAGAUGCAUUUUUACAAGGAUCCCAGGGACAAAAGGCUUUAAGUGAAUUUAUCAGAUAUGCCGGAAGCAAUGAGUCAGAAACAAUUGUUCAUGAUAUUUUGGAUGAUGACAAGGAACAUAGGAUUGAGUCACAACAACAGCCAAAAACUGAGACUUUUGUUAUUGAAAAAGAAAUAAAAAUCCCUCAUGAAUUUCAGUCAUCAAUUAUAGGCCUGUUUUCAAAAGACAUCAAACAUCCACAACAACAGUUGAAAGGAACCCUAGAAUGUCUACAAGGGAGCCUUCCUGAAAACAUUGUCGUUGAACUGUCAUCAUUAGCUGAAGAACAGAAAGCUCAAGACAGCAGUUUAGCAAUAGAUAUUAAAAAGGUAGAGCAACCCACAGAUACUAGCAUGGUUACCAUUGUAGCAGAAAUCAACUUAUCACAAACCGUUGAUGCAGAUAAGCUAGAUACACAGGGUUUAUUAGGAGACAGCAUGAGUGAGGAAGUUGUAGCAACCUUGCUGGAGAAAACCAAAGGGGAAUACUCAAUAUUCAUGAAUGAAUCUGCUACCAAGUCUGGGUACCACUUGACCAGUGAAAUAGAUAAUGAGGGAGCUACUUCUAUUUCUAAAGAUAACACUGACAACGCUACAAAUGGAUCUUUUAGCACAAAAGUAAAGCUACUCCAUAAACAAAUAUCCACUGAGAGCAGAUUUAUAAAACACAUUCAGCUAGAAACGUAUGAGCAAGCCACAGAAGAGAAUACAUCUCCAAUAAGUACCAAUAGAUCAAUCCACCAUAUAAAAUUUGAGCCCAGGGAAAUGACCUUUGAUGAAAAAAACAUUUCUGAAGGGCCAAUGUCGGAUAUUGUUGAGCUAGACAUAUCUAAAGGUGCAGAAGAGUCAGCAGACUACAGUAGACCAAUAAGGCAUAUUACAUUAAGCCCAACAGAAACAUAUACAGUGGAGCAGAUUGUUUUUGAAGGACCGAUCUUCAAAACAGUAAGCAGCGGUGGUUCUACAGAGGACUUUGCCUUUGGAGAAUUACCCAAAGAUAGUAGCAGCCAUAAGAAUGUCCAUGAUAAUAUUGUAGAGAUUGAAGAUUCCAGGACUCAGAAGAGUAAUAAUGAAAGCAUAUAUCAGACAGAGACUAUUACAGGUGGUAUAAAAACUAUUAAACAUUAUAUAUUAAAUCCCAGGGACACAGGGAUGGCUAAAGGAAUCAUAAUUGACGGUGCUAUGCCCAAAGUUCAGCUCCACCAAAAAACAGAUAGCCUUGAAGGGAACAUCAUGCCUACCGAACAUAGAUUUGGUUCUCAGAAAAUCCAAGUUGCUACACAAGUUAAGCAUCAAGGUUUUGUUUCAGAACCAUAUAAGGUAGCAGAUUCUGGAAAGUUGGUUGAAGAAGAAGAGAAUUCAAAUGUCAACACAUUAGUUCAUCAUAUCAAAUUAAGUCCAAACAAAGAGCAAAUUGUAUUUGAAGGCCCAAUCUCUUCAAAUGUUCAUAUCAGUCGUCAGGAAGGCAGUUCCCAAAUGGAAGUAGAAAACAGAUCCAUCAAACAUAUUAUUCUUGGUGCCAAAAAAGCUCAGACUUCUGAAAGUCUAAUAUUUGAAGGACCUGUUUCAGAGUCAUAUGUAUUUGAAGGACCGAUCUCUUCAAACGUACACAUCAAUAGUCAGGAAGGCAGUUCCCAAAUGGAAGUGGAAAACAGAUCUAUCACAGAUAUCAUUCUUGGAGCCAAAGAAGCUAAGACUUCCGAAAGUGUAAUAUUUGAAGGACCUGUGUCAGAGUCAUGUGAAUCAUGGGAUUUGUCACCAUCAGGAGAUUCUAGUGAGAGUGAGGGAUCUAUCAAGCACAUUAAACUAGGCCCAACUGAAAAGUCCUUUACGUUUCAGAUGGAUAUAACCCAAAUUGCUACAAAACAUAAUGGCCAAGGAGAUGUCCAGGGGAGAGAAAUAGUCAUCACUUCUAGCAAUUUUGAAAGACUGCCAGGGACAAGUCAGUCAUACAGUGAAUUAACUGAUGAUCUGGAAGUGUCUGAAAGUGGAUAUGGAGAAGAAGAUACUUCUGGCAUCUCACAGGAUGUAGCUGAAAUCCAAACCCACAAGCUAUCGUUCAAGGAAACACCAGCAUUUGAAAAAACUGUGCAUGUGCAGAGAAUUGCCCAACAAAGUUCAUUGGUCUCUGAUGACAACAAGGUGGUCAUUGUUUAUCUUGAUGAGGAAGAAGAACCUGAUCAAGAUUACCUGCAGCGUUCAUUUUGAAAAUGUUUUUUUACACUAACAGGAAAGAAAAUGUUGUUGAGCAACCUAAUGCAUUCAUUCACAGAGAAAGCAGGCCAAUAUAUUGCUAGACCUCCAAUCAUAAUGGUAUACUGCAUAUUGUUAGUGUAUAUUGUUAGUGUAAAAGUAUAGACCUUAUUUUAUUUUUUUCAAUGGUGGUUAUACAACCUGCAUAUUGACCUGGGGCAAAUGUCCCCUUUGCUCAUCCCUAGAACUGGCUUUACUGUUCUCUCUUAUGUCACAGAUAAGAGAUUUUGGCUUUUGUUUUACACUAUGAUUUCAUAUACACUGUUUUGCUCUGUUGCACAAGUUGGUUUAUCAAUGACAGUCUUUGUAAUACCAUGAAAGUAUUCAGUAUUUAUUAGGAGCUGCUGCAGUCUUCUCCUGUAGUUAAAAUUGCACAAGCGAUAUUGAUCAGUUUUUAUAACAUGUGAUAAGUGGAAAAAUUAAAAUAUCAAGACAUGUCUUAUUACAAUGUUUUAAACAGAUUAAGAUUUAUGAUAUUUUCAGGGUUUGACAAGGCAUUUCGCAAAUGAAUCCUUUUAAGGAAAGAAAUUAUUAUUGUUUACUAUUACUAUUGGCCUAACAGAAAUUAGGGUAAUCAACGCACGCACAUAGAGUGUUUGUUUUAUUACCCUCCCUAUUGUGGCUUUGAUACUUUAUAUCUGUACCCCUAAUAAAAACUGAACACAUUGGGGCAGAUUUACUAAAGGGCACAAUGGCUAAUGCUAGAGACUUUUUACCAGAAAUCACAUCCGCAGGGACAUCGCCAAUUCACAGUGCACAGGUGCAGGCGUCAAUUUGCUAGCGA